UUAAUCUGCCACCGUAUUUCCGCGUUCACGCCGUUAUCAAUGACUCUUUAUGGAGGUACACCAGCAGCGGCGUCGCUGCUGUUGUUAUCAUCGCCCUGCACGGUGGCGGCUGACUGUUGUCUGCUCUGAAUCAAUGAGACCUUAACUACCAGAGGAGCUUCCUCCAUCUCAUCCUCAUCCUCAUCCCCCCAGCAGCCACCGCUUCCUUUCGAGCCCUGUCGUCGAGCAGCAGCGCGGACGAGCUGGGGGGGAAUCCGGGGAAAGGGAGCCGCGGCGCCGCGCACCGGCCGACGGACACAGCGGCGCGGCGCGGCGGCGGCAACAACAACAUGCUCACCCGGGUCAAGACGGCCGUGGCCGGGUUCAUGGGUGGGAUCAUGACCGGGGGGAGCUCCGGUGGGGCCGGGAAUUCGUCUUCGGAUUUGCCGCUGAAAUUUCCCUACAUGAGACCUGAGUUCCUGGGACUGUCCGCGGAUGAAAUCGAGUGCUCCGCGGACCACAUAGCCCGGCCCAUCCUCAUCCUGAAGGAAACCAGGAGAUUACCGUGGGCCACCGGAUACGCUGAGGUGAUCAAUGCUGGUAAGAGCGCGUUGAACGAGGACCAGGCCUGCUGCGAGGUGGUCGUGGCCAGAAGGAGACCGAUGAGCUACUGUCCCCCGUCCACGCCCAGCAAGACCCCGACGGCCAAGAGACGCAACUCGCUCCCCAACGGCGAGGCCCUGGGCCUCCGCGUGGAACACAUGAUGGGCGAGGAGAGCGAAGGGCUGGUGUUCCACUACUGGGCUUUGUUCGACGGUCACGCCGGCUCAGGCGCGGCGGUCGUCGCCUCCCGCCUGCUGCAGCACCACAUCGCCUGCCAGCUUCAAGCCGUCAUAGAGAUCCUGCGCAACCUCCAUUCGCCGCCCCCCACCAUGCUGGGCGAGGAGCCCGACAGCAGCCCCUACCUGCAGGGGAACCCCCCGGGGCCGCACCGCGCCCUGACGCGGGCCGCCUCGCUGCGGGGGGCCGCCGGCGCCCCGAGCUCGCCGAGCAGCACUCCGCCUCCGCCGCGCUUCUACAUGGAGAAGAAGGUCCAACACGAGAGCCUGGUGAUCGGAGCAAUAGAGAACGCCUUCAAGGAGAUGGACGCCCAGCUCGAGAGGGAGAAGCAAGUGUACAGCAUCAGCGGCGGAUGCACGGCGCUCACCGUGGUUUACCUGCUGGGGAAGUUGUACGUCGGGAACGCAGGCGACAGCAGGGCCAUCAUCAUUAGAAGCAACGAGAUCGUCUCCAUGUCGACGGAGUUCACGCCAGAGUCAGAACGCCAGCGACUGCAGUUCCUGGGCUACAUGCAGCCGCAGCUGUUGGGGAACGAGUUCACGCAUUUGGAGUUCCCCCGCAGGGUUCAGAGGAAGGAGGUGGGCAAGCGGAUGCUCUACAGGGACUUCACCAUGAACGGAUGGGCCUACAAGACUGUUGAGGAUGAAGAUCUCAAGUUUCCUCUUAUUUACGGCGAAGGCAAAAAGGCGCGGGUCCUGGCAACCAUCGGAGUGACCCGGGGGCUCGGUGACCACGACCUCAAAGUUCACGACUCCAACAUUUACAUCAAGCCGUUCCUGUCCUGUAUUCCUGAGGAGGCACGACGUCCUCCUCUAUAUGCACCGCUCUCAUCACGCUGCUUCUCUGCCGCCGGAGAACUUGAACUCACCUGUCUGAACCGUCUGGCGCUGGAUUCAAAGCGCUUUCAUCUCCCGAAGUAGUUCAUCUUAUUGAGUUUUCUUUUUCCCUCUCUUGAGCUCUGCGCUUGAUCUUUAAUUCAUUAUCACCAGGGUUCACGGCGGGUUCACGUCAAACCUCCUGCCUCCUCCUGCACUCUCUAACGCGGCGCUCAGCGGAGCCUCCUGUGUGUUGUUUGUAUCGGGAUGCUAUGAUAACGCCGUUCAAUUCCUUAAGUCAUGGAAGCAUCCAGAACAAAGCGGCGUGUGGAGGACCGGGCACUUUGGAAACACACAGGGAGUUAGUUUGUAUAAGAAACAAGAUAAAAGCAAACAACAACAAAAAAAAAACAUUUUGGUGAUACAAUUUGCUAGUUUUUGGCACGAGUUUAGAACAUCUCACUUUUAUCUUCCACUGAUUGAUCUGUCUUUUCUUUUCUUCAAUCCAUCCUCCCUCCCUUGGAUUAUUCCUUCCUUCUCUUUCUUGUAUCCUUCCUUAUGUAAUUCCUUCUUCCCGUCUGUGUUUCCUUCAUAUCUUUCUCAUUAUCUUUUUGCACCUUUUAAUUUGUUAAUCGUCCUCAUUUUUGGUGUCUUUAUUUCCCCGCCUCCCCUUCCACAGUUAAUUUCUUGUUUCCUUCCUUAUUUCCUUCUGUCCUUUGUGUCUUUUUUUAUCUUCCUUCUCCCCUUAAUUUCUCAUUUAAUUUCUUGUGUCCUUCUGUCCAUCCGUUCUUGCAUUUUUCCUCUGGGUAUGGGGUUUAUGUAAAGUUUGCUCUCUACACAAAUUCCUUUAAGUUAUAUAUUACCUUUUUCACGAAAAGGACUCUGUAACAAAUGCGUGGGAGCCCUGUUUUUAUAUCUUUGGGGGAACAGUAGGCCAUUAAUUACAUAUUAAAAAUUCUUGGACAACUCGUUUGAUUUAAAACGUGGCUUUCAAGUUACAAUCUCACAAAAAACAACAUCGCUUUAACUCGAUUUAUUUGACGGGAACCGUCGGGGAUGCGGACGGUGGCAGAAGUGAGUGAGUCUUCCAGCGUCUAAAUUACUUCGAUAAAAAUCCAAAAUCAUUCGAAGACAUGGACUCACCAAAGACGUGCGGUGUUCCACAGGUGAAGGUGUACAACCUGACGCAGCACGAACACGGGACCGACGACGUCAUGGUGAUGGGAACCGACGGCCUCUGGGACGUCCUGACCAAUGAGGAGGUAACCGAAGCCGUCAGCACUUUCCUGUCCAACUGCGACCCCGA